AUUUGAUGUUUAGCAAAGCAACGCGUAAAAUUCGCGUCCUUUCGGCUGCACUCUCCUUUGCUCUUCACAACCAUGACCGUCACGUCGACCUCUGUCCAGCGGCAGCCACAGAAGAUAUGGUGGAGUAAUGCCAUAUUCUUUGUCGGUAUACACCUCGCUGCGGUGGCUGGUGUACUCGUUCGGCUUCCAUGGACAGUCCGUAAAGAAACACUCAUCUUGACGCUCAUUGUGUGGCAGAGCUCGUCUUUUGGUAUCACCAUAGGCUAUCACAGAUUGUAUUCCCAUCGUGCCUUCCAUGCUUCACUUGGUGUUAGAUCGGUGCUCGCGAUUUUGGGCACGAUGGCCAUGCAAGGUUCUAUAAAGCACAGGUGCUUGAGACAUCGUCUGCACCAUCGUUAUACAGACGAUGACGAGCAUGACCCAUAUUCUGCGACUCGAGGUCUUCUUUUCUCACACGUCGGUUGGAUAUUUUUCAAGGCGAAAUACGAACGGAUGGACCUAAUUGACCGUCAAGACCUUGAGCGCGAUCCAGUUGUUCGCUUUCAACAUCGUUAUUACAUGCCUUUAGCCAUAUUUUUUGGCUUUUUGCUGCCCCCCCUCCUUGGCUUGAUUUGGGCCGAUGCAUGGGGCGCCUUUAUCUGGGGAGGAUUAGUUUCGCGACUUCUCAUCUGGCACUGUACAUUUCUCGUCAACUCCCUCGCGCACUGGGACGGACUACAACCAUACACUGAUGAGAAUACUUCUAGGAUGAACUGGAUCCUAGCACUCCUCACCGCCGGGGAAGGGAACCACAACUUCCACCAUUCCUUCCCGUAUGACUUCCGCGCCGGGCCCUCGCCACUAGACUGGGACCCGUCAAAAUGGGUGCUCCUGGUAUUACACCAGCUUGGCUUUGUCACCGGUCUGCGUAGAGCCCGUUUGGACGAGAUCGAGGACGCGAAACUCUUCAUGCGCUCGAAGUCCCAUGUCACACAUCACGAUGGAUCUUCAGAAAAUACUGGUGAGGGCGAGGCGGCCUGGAGUGGUCCGGUGUGGGAUGUGGAUCAGGUCAUGGAAUACGCGGAAAAUAUGGGAACCAAGACCGCGCCAUGUUUGAUGGUCGUCGAUGGGUUUGUGAUUGAUGCGACAAACUAUAUGAAGGAACAUCCGGGCGGCGCGAUGGUACUUCGCAAGUACGCUAUCCCUAAGGAUAAGACAAAACUUGAAGGCGGACUGUGGCGGGACGCGGGCUGGGCUUUUGCUGGCGGGUUGAAUAAACAUUCGAGGUCUGCGAAGCGACGAUUGGUGGAGAUGAGGCUGGCGAGACUGAAGGUUGAGUGACGUGGGGGUAUGGCGCAUAAGCGCUGAUCUUGAAUAUGCAGACCGUCAGUGGUGCUGUAGCAAAAGUACGGGUAGGAUCUCUAACGCGUUGCUGUAGAUGUACCAGUGAAUGUUAUAAGAUGGGGUAUGGGACUUAAAUUCAAGAAAAAAACAAGCAAAACCGCGCAAUUUGGUUUUGGUGGACAGCCCUCGUUCGUAGAGAAGACCAGUUUUAGUAGCUGCCCUCCUCGUCCGAGCCGUUAUCCUCAUCGUCGCUCCCGUUCUCCGAAUCAUUCCUACUUCCAUCCUCAUCCUCACUUGUUUCUCCAUCACUGUCUAUAUUCCUCCAACGAUAGUCAUCCAUAUCGUCCAUAUCCUCGUCCCGCUCAUCCCACACAACCUCCGGUACAACUUCCCUUAACCGCGCCACAUAUGCCCUGUCAACCUUGCAUCUCUUCAUCUCGAUACUCUGUAUCCCCACACCAUAAUCCUUCCUCACCGCCAACGCCUCGAUUAAUAGCUCCGCAAACACUUUCAUCUCGAACGCCGCCUCAAUCAUGAUGAGCGUUCGUAGUCCGGGAAACACAAGUUCCUCAAGCAUGUGCGGAACAUCGAAGAAUUUGUCCCUCUCAUCCGGAUGCUUCAAGAACCUGUGCACAGCAAGUGGAGUCCCCUUGUCGUAGUUCAUCGCAGGGGCAGUCUUAUUCGUGACGAAGGCGUAGCAGAAUGUUCGGAAUGAAUUGCCUUUGGUGUAUAGCCGGUCCACCGAGGGUAGACGGACGUGGUUCUCGAUCCACCACGAAGCGUGUUCGAGAUCAUCGAUCGUAUCGUCGACAGCGAAUGAGGUGACAUCGGAGAGAGGAAAAGUGGACAAAAUGCCUGCGAGGCUUCGUGCGAGAUUACCACGAUGCACCGAAUCAACGUUCUCGAAGCUGAAGCAGAAACGAGCGCUAUCCAUUUCGGAUUUUGACUCGUUUAGCAGCUGCGGUAACAGAGCGCCCUUGCGAUUGCUUGGUUGGGCCUCCGUCCACCCUCCGACGCCCACAAAAUUAUUAUCGGAUAUGGAGAGCCAUUUUAGGUUGACGAUGGCGAGGGAUUUGAUGGGGGCAUCGUCUUGUGAGCCAUGGCAGAGUUGCGCAAGCAUCGGCAAGAGAAGUCGGAGUUCGAAGAGGUGGCCCUCGGAGGCGCCACACGUAAUGUGAAGGUGGCGUAGGGAAGGUAGACUGAGAUGGGACAAGAAGUAGGCGAUAGCCCACACAUUAUUUUCGAUUGGCUCGAGAGCAGCAAUUGUGAGUCUGGAGAUGUGAACCGUCUGUUUGACUGGCCUGGCACCGAGCGAAGUCAAUGAGCCUCCAGACACGAACGCGUGCGGGGCACUGGGUAUGGUGUCGUCGAGGAGGAGGCUUUUGAGUUUAGGCAUAUUCUGCAGCAUUGCAAGGUAGCCUGCAAUGUCUGGUCUCAUAGAGGGACUCAUGUUAUGCAACUCGAAAUCAACCAAAUGUUGGAAGAUUGUUAGGUCCCAUUUCGCCAGGUAGCAUCGCGCGAGCGACACAUAGCGAAGCCUGGGUGCAAUUCCGUUGAAGGUCGACUCUGUCAGGUACUCCCAUGUUGGACCUAGUGUGGUGGAUUGCAACGACAUACGCUCGAGAAGCGGAGCAGGAGAUGACAAGGUUUGAACCAGGGCGUGCAAGUCUUUGCCAUUGUGGGUAAGGUCAAGUUCCCUGAUGCGUGAUAGAUGCUGAAGAGCGGCAUGGAUUGUCUUUACUCGAAUAGUCGGUUGGUGCCAAUAAUCCUCCAAGACAGCGAAAACCUUGAGAGGCGCCUCUUUAGAGCGAGCCAGCAUCUCUUGCGUACAUUUCAACGACAGAAGAUUCAGGUUCGUCCAAAGGGCAGAUAUAUUCAAGGCGACUUCUCUCCAGUACCGGCAGACGUGCGUCAAUACAACGCAAGAUGGGAGGUCCUUCGAGUUGCCUUCGAGGCAUAAUCGAUACGCCGAGCUACUAUCAUCGUUCGAAUCUACGAUAUUCACGAAAAUCAGGCUUAAAACCUCAGCAGGGAGAUUAUUGAUUGGAGCGCCCCCGAGAGAUGCAGAGGAAGUCGCCAUGAACAGCCCGAUGCUCCGAUGUAAACUUGAGAGAAAGCCUCGACCAGAUACCGGUUCGUUGCUGCAGGAGGUCGAACAAUCUGCAGUACGCAAAUCUGGCUUCUGACAGUAACGAGUCGCCGAUAGCCUUCGACAACUCUCCGACAGCGUCCGGUGAAAUCGCUGAAAACCUUGCGAACACCUUCACUGUCUCGAGGUCACGAAUCGGAAUGGUUGCAAGAUAU